CCUCCCAGCUGAGAGACUGAAAGUGCUGGCCUGCCUGAACACACUGAGACAGCAGCACGUGGACGUAAUGAAGGUUUUUAACGAUCCAAUUCAUGGGCACAUUGAAAUACAUCCCCUUCUUGUUCGUAUCAUCGACACACCUCAGUUUCAGCGCCUCCGAUACAUUAAGCAGCUGGGUGGCACUUACUUCGUUUUUCCAGGAGCCUCUCACAACCGCUUUGAGCACUCUCUAGGGGUGGGCUACCUAGCAGGAUGUCUGGUUCGUGCACUGAAGGAGAGACAACCGGAACUGGAUAUAACCCAGCGAGACAUCCUCUGUGUAGAAAUUGCUGGGCUUUGUCACGAUUUGGGUCAUGGGCCAUUUUCACACAUGUUUGAUGGAAGAUUUAUUCCACUCACCCGUCCAGAUUUGAAAUGGAAGCAUGAAACUGCUUCUGUUGCAAUGUUUGAGCACCUGAUCACUUCCAAUAAACUAGAAGAAGUCAUGAAGUCGUAUGGUCUUGUCCUUGAAGAAGAUAUGAACUUCAUCAAGGAACAAAUAGGAGGGCCUAUAGAUGAAACCGCUUGUGAGAAAUCGUGGCCCUACCGUGGUCGACAAAAGGAGAAAAGUUUCCUAUAUGAGAUAGUAGCUAACAAAAAAAAUGGCAUUGACGUUGACAAAUGGGAUUAUUUUGCAAGGGAUUGCCAUCACCUAGGAAUCCAGAAUAAUUUUGAUUAUAAGCGAUUACUUAAAUUCACUCGGGUCUGUGAAGUAAAAAACCAGAAGCAUAUCUGUACUCGUGACAAGGAAGUUGGAAAUUUGUAUGAUAUGUUCCACACGCGGAAUUGCCUGCACCGGCGAGCAUACCAGCAUAAGAUUGGCAACAUCAUUGAAAUAAUGAUUACAGAAGCCUUUCAAAAAGCAGACAAAUUUUUUAAAAUAGAAGGCUCUGGAGGAAAAUUGUACCAGAUUUCUACAGCAAUGGAGGACAUGGAAGCCUACACCAAGCUAACUGAUAAUAUCUACCUGGAAAUUCUGCACUCAAGUUGUCCAGAACUGAAGGAGGCACGAGAAAUUUUGCGUAAAAUAGAACGGCGUGAAUUAUACAAGUUUUUAGGAGAGACUCAACCUGAAACAAUGAGGGAAAUUGUAAAGAAUAAUAGCCUGGCAGAAAGCAUUGCUAAUUGCAAGCCAGAAAAGGAUCCUCCAGACGUGGAGCUGAAGGCUGAAGAUUUCAUAAUUGAUGUUAUCAAUAUGGAUUAUGGAAUGAAAGAACAGAAUCCCAUUGAUAAUGUUCUUUUCUAUUGCAAGGCUGAUCCUUCCAAGGCAGUCAAGAUCAGUAAAGAACAGGUUUCAAAGCUUUUACCCAUGACGUUUGCAGAGCAAGUUAUCCGAGUUUAUUGCAAAAGUCAGGAUCCAGAUAUUGUUUCAGCUGCAAAACAGUAUUUUAUUCAGUGGUGUAUAGAGAAGGAUUUCACCAAACCGCAGGAUGGUGAUGUGGUUGCCCCUCAUCUAACUCCAAUGAAGAAAAGCUGGAAUAACAUGAGAGAUGAUGAACACAGGACAGCUUCCGAACCCAGUUGCAAACAAAGGCUUCCUUUUGAUAAGUAA